AUGCGGACACUUGGGGCGGUCACCCUGUUGAUAGCAGGGCUCCAGGCUCUGGCUGCUGGUGGGACCACCGCAUCCUGCUACCCAUCUGUCGGGGGCCCACAGACAGCAGCAUCGAGGCCCCCUGGCAUCCAGAAGCCCUGGGAGAGACCCCGUCUCCCCGACACCCUCAAGCCCCUCGGCUACGAACUGCGACUCUGGCCCCAGCUCUCCCAGGACAGGAAGUCUGGCCUCUUCGUGUUCCACGGCAGAUCAACAGUGACCUUCCUCUGCCGGUGGCCAACUCGGCACAUCCUCAUCCACAGCAAGGCACUGAGCUACACCAAGCACCCACGGGUGACGGGCAGGGGCGGCUCCGCACCAGCCGUGGGGAAAUUCUGGCAGGAGUCUGCCAGCGAGUACUUGGUGGUGAUCCUGGAGGGGCACCUGGACCAGGGCAAGGUCUACUCCCUGCAUACGGCCUUCAGCGGAGAGCUGGCCAGCGAUAUGGCCGGUCUGUACUACUGCCAGUACCAGCAGGAUGGCUCCACCAGGUUUCUGGCUGUGACGAUGAUGCAGCCCGCCAACGCCCGGCGGGUAUUCCCGUGUUUCGACGACCCAGCUCUGAAGGCGACGUUUGACCUGACAGUCGUUCACCGACCGCAGCACACGGCUGUCUCCAACAUGCCCGUCAGGAUGACCUCGGAGAUGUGGGUUCACGGGCAGCUGUGGAUGGUGACGCGCUUCCAUCGGACGCCGCUGAUGUCCUCCUACCUGCUGGCGUGCGUGGUCUCCGACUUCCCAUCCAUCGCAAAGACCUUCAACAAAGUCACAGUGAGAGUCUGGGCUCGGAAGCAGGCGAUGGAGGCUGGACAAGGAGAUUACGCCUUAGAGACUGUGGGGAGGCUCCUGCACUUCUACGAAGAGAAGUUUCAGAUCCUCUACCCUCUGAAGAAGUUAGACCUGGUGGCCGUGCCCUGUUUUGAGAGUGGUGCGAUGGAGAACUGGGGGCUGGUCAUCUUCAGGGAGAUAAACCUCCUCUUCCAGCCCCAGGAGGACUCAGAGAGCACCAGACAGGACCUACGGCUUGUUCUAGCCCACGAGCUGGUACAUCAGUGGUUCGGCAACUUGGUGACCAUCAAUUGGUGGAACGAUCUGUGGCUGAACGAGGGAUUUGCCACCUACUUCAGUUACCUUGGCAACGCCUUCAUCAGCCCCGAGCGGACAGCGGACUCUGUGUUUGUGGGCAAGAGCCUCCGUAUCAGCCUGGAGUCAGACGCCCAGCCGAACUCCCACCCGCUCUCAGUCAGCGAGCAGGAGGUCGGCAGCAACCAGCGCAUCAGCCAGCUCUUCAACGACAUCUCCUAUGAGAAGGGUGCGUCUGUUCUCCGGAUGGCCUCCAACUUCAUGACGGAGAACGUCUUCCUGCAAGGACUCCUGAGCUACCUGAAGGAGUUCAGCUUCAGGACGGUGACCUACACCAACCUCCGCACUCACCUGCAAAAGGCCAUGAACAACCAGUCAGCAACGACCCUCCCCACCAACCUGAAAUCCAUCUUGGACAGCUGGGCCCUGCAGCCAGGCUACCCACUGGUGACGGUGAACACCAGCUCUGGACUCGUCUCCCAGCGGCACUUCCUCCUGUACGGAUUGUCCACUGUGUCCCGCCCCUCCAGGUUCCGGUACAGGUGGUAUAUCCCAGUCACCUGGCAACUCAACACCAGCCUGCAGGACAUGAUCUGGAUCAACAGAACAAGACAGGUGUACGUGAGCCAGGUGGUGGUGAGGGAUCAAACCUGGGCAUUGGCAAACAUCAACGCUGUUGGCGUUUACAGAGUUAAUUAUGAUGACGACAACUGGGACAGGUUGCUGAUCCAACUCAUGAGAAACAGGGAUGCCAUCCCAGUCAUCAACCGGGCCCAGCUCAUCGAUGAUGCAUUCAGCCUUGCUCGCGGGAAGCACAUUAGGAUCACACGUGCCCUGGAGACAACACGCUACCUGCACACGGAAACCGAGUCGCUGCCCUGGGACACCCUCAGUACCCACCUGGACUUCAUGGAGUUGGUGCUGAGGGAGAACCCUGCCUACAACCUGCUGGAGGAGUACGUCCUGAGCAAGGUCAGCCCUGUCUUUGACUACAUGGAGCUGCUUCAUCCCGGACUGCGCACCGUGCCCAGCGAAGGCAGAGAGCAACUGACGUUUGCUGGGCCUCCAGGCUUGGAGGAGGUGGUAAAGGCCCGGCCCCGGGCAGGUGGGGGUGGAGACCCUGCCCCUGCCACCGACUCUCAGCCCGGACCCUCCCUCUCCUCUCCUCCCAGGUUCGCCCAGGAAGUGGUGGUCGGUGUCGCCUGCUCCAACGGGCUGCGCAAAUGUAACAUGGCGGCCAGAGACCUCUUCUCCCGCUGGAUGGCACAGCCGGACGUCAACCCGAUCCCCCCCAGCCUACGCAGGGUGGUGUGCUGCCGGUCGGUUGCCGAAGGCGACCAGGCCGAGUGGAACUUUGCCUGGAAGAUGUACGACUUGGCCGAGAGUGCCGCCGAGGCCCAGACACUCCGCUACUGCCUGGCCUGCAGUGCCAACGCCUCCAUCCUGGCCAGUAGAAGCUUCUGCCUGCAUUCUCCCCUGAGAAUCAGCUCGAACUCACAAGCGCAUGGGAAUGCCGUUCAUACAAAACAGAAGACAAGCUACUGGGGGAUCUCAUUAGGUUGGGAAGCAUCUGUGGAGCCGAUGGACAGCCGAUGUUUCGGGCUGAAACACUUCAGAUCUCUGUGGAAUCUCUCGUGCCUCCGAUUUGCUGCUCCACUGCGAAGUCUCUUCAGGGGUGCCCAUCAUGAGUGUGUUUCGAGGUACCUGUCAUUCACCAUGAUGCCGUGGGAGAUUAAGAGACAGGACACUUUGGCCACCAUUGUCUUGGUUGCCCAGAACAUCAAUGGCAAGAAGCCAGCCUGGGACUUCAUCAAGGCCAGUUGGAGCAACAUCACAUCUGAGUUCAACACGAUGGAGGCAAUCAUGAGUCUGAUCGAGGGUGUUACCUCCAGGUUCGCCACCGAGGAAGACCUGCGGGAGCUCGAGGAAUUCAAGCAGUUCACAGAGGUCAGUGGAUUUCGGUUCCUCUCACGUUUCCUGGACAGGGUAAUCAAGCGGACAGCCUCCUACAUCCAGUGGAGGAAGGAGAACGAGCAGGAAAUCUUCCAUUGGGUUAACAAUAACCUCUGAAGACCACCUCCGUCCUCGACUGGCCUUGGAGGGAGGUGCUCUCCCACCCCCCUCCAGUGCUCGGAUGCAGUCGUGGACAUAUCCAGGACUUCUCCACGGGAAGGACCAGACCCUGUUGUUCUCCACUGCCGUGGCCCAUUCUCUCAACAGCGACCCCCACACAUGGGCAUCCAGCAACCUCGGGAGUCAGCGUUCAUUAGGGAUCUCCUCCCCUGGGUGCCCACUGUCCUAUGAUCGUGACCAGCCAGCCGGGCCUCGGACCAUCUUCACUCGCCAAUGACUGCCCUUGAGAAGCUGCAUCAGAUCACGCGCACCGGAGUGCUGUACCUCCGCGGGAUGUGUCCCGCACAGAACUCAGUAAAGUUAGCUUAACCUGUGUCUCCCUGCAGACUCUCUUCAUGGUGUGGCCACAUGAUAAGGGAUCAAUCACCCCACAUAGCAAACCUCCCUUAUUGACAAUGAAGUUGCCUGUCUGGAUGCAGGUAGAUGGGACCAGGCAGUAAAAUGGGUUGGCACAGGCUAGAUGGGCCAAAGGGCCAAUUUCUAUUCUGUGGUGGUCUAACACAAAGAUAGGCAGAUCUGUGGACAGUGAAGGAGGUUGUCAAAGGAUCCAUUGGGAUAGGGAUCAGU